AAGGUUAAAUCGUCUGAGGCCCUCGCCGGCUCGCCCUUCUUCUCUCUCGCAAUUUUUUCUCCCCCACUGCGUGCCGCACGCUUUCUUCCUUUUGUUUUCUCCUCCUCUUCUUCUUUCUCUCUUCCAGUAGCAGCAUCCUCUUCAUCUGUUGCCGGCGACAUCACAACCUUCUUCCUCUUCCCCCACCCAACAGCAGCAACCCAACCGGCUGCGGCUCCUCCCCUACGCGCGGCGCCUGUGUCAUCCUCUCUCCUCCAUUCUUCUCUUGCUGCACCAGCAACGCCGCUGUGCCUCCGCCACGCACACGUGCCGGUGAUAGCUGCCGGAAGCCACUCCCUUCCUUCCGUUUCCUGCGCCCACAGCCGGCCACCGGCCGCCGUUGAGCUAACGGUAAGAGGACAACCGGCCUUCCUCCACUUGCCUCCUUCCCCUUUUCCUUUUAUUUCUCCUCCCUCUUCCUGCUGCUCCGACACCUACGGCCAUCAGUCGGCUGUUUUUUUUGGCCGAGCCAAGAGCGAUCCUCCUCCUUUUUCAAGCCUAAUGUAUCCUCGUUCAACGAGAUUGUUGUUCAUAUGAUGACCAAUUGAAGAUACGAAUUCGAGUGGAGCACGUUGAUUUGUAGACACUUGGAGUUUUUACUAUAAAUAGAGGUGGGAAUUGCGCCCCCAAGAUGUUGCACACUUGUCACCAUCGCCACGGUUGUCGUCGACAGUCGUCGUGGUGCCUGCUUCCUGAAGCGGCUGCUGUGCCUGCUAGCACAAACAAUGGCCAUCAAUUUGCCGCUUGCUGCACCCAUACAUUUCUUCCUCAUCUUUAUGUUAACUUCCUCUCUUCUCUCCUUUGGUUUAUCAUCUCUACUCCUCUCUCAUGUUCCAUGGCUCUUGUGCUGGUGUUGUAGCUUGGCACAACUCAAUACCCUUGGUCUAGUUUUCCAAAACAACAUAGUUCCAUUUCUGUCAAGUGUUAAAGAAAGAGGUGGACAGAACAAAAGAGAGGCAUACCUUGAAGAAGUAUCACUGUAGAGAAACCCUAAUUGCACCUUAUUUUGUUGUUUGCGGAGUAGCGUCAGGAACGUAGCAAAGGCUUUGUCGCUUGCAAAGGAGUGUCAGGAAUGUGUAGCUACGCUUGCGGAUUGCUCUGUCAAUGUCUCAUGCCUUCUCAAAUGUAGGGAGGAACAAAAAGUUUGCUCGUCUAACCUGCAUUGACUGUUGAACAAGCUUCCAAGAUUUAAAGAAGAAAUGGAGACGGUUAUGAGGAAGGUUCAACAAAAGUACAAAAAAUUGAGGGAGGAAAUGGGGAGAUGGGAUGAGUUGCAGUCAGGGUUGCUUUCUCACUUCCACAGUGCAUCAUCUAUCAUUGACAGACUGCGGUUGCUUUCAGACAUGAACAAUUAUGGUGCUCUGAGGGGCAUUCCAGGCAUUAAAGAAGCACUUUUGGGGAAGCAGAUGGACACACUGCAAAUGGUAUUUUGUUCGAUGAGAGAGAAGAUGGAAGAAUUUCAUGCAGUUGUCUUGUCUCUUGAGAAAAUUGCACGAGAUGCAAACCAGUUGGUGAAAGGAGGUUCGGCACUAACUCCUCAGCAAAUGAAGCUUCAAAUUGGAUUGUGGCCAAGUCUUGAUUAUUGCUUGGAAGGGCUUAGGACAAUUUAUGAGAUGCAUCAAUCUGAAUAUACUCUUAAAUUAUCACUUGUGACCUCCUUGACUUUAAAGUCCACUUCUGCUGAGAUUGCUGCAAUGAACCAGCUCUUGGUAGAUCAACCCAACAUCCCAAAAGACCAAGUGCAAGCAAUAUUUGACAGGAUAUUUGCGGAGGAGAUCUGCUGAUUCUUUGGUUGGUCUUUGUAUUUUGCAACAGCUCACAACUUUAAAUAUUAAUUCUUCAAGGUUUUAUAGAGCUUCUUGACUUUUCUGGAUGAGUUGUUUUAUAGUGGUGUUAGUACAUCCACCACUAGAGACAUCCCUUCCAGUUAUUCCAUUAAAGAAAGUAGCAUUUGCCUUCAGCUAUACCUGCUGGCAGCUGAUGUAGCCCUACAACAUGUUUCUUUACCACGUGGAAUUUACUUGAUUUUUCUUGGAAUUAUAUCAAUUUUGUGAUCGGAUGGCAUUUGUGAUUGAAUUA